AUGGGUAGAUCAUUUAAAGUACUCUUAAAUAAUUAUGUAUACAGCUGCUCCGAGUGUGGUAAUCACUUGUCUGACCCCAGCGAACUUGUGUCCACUUCUUUUAGAGGACGAACAGGACCCGCUUGGCUUUUCUCCAAAGUUAUAAAUGUUUGUGAAGGGCAAUAUGAAGAUAGGAUGAUGACUACGGGACAACAUACCAUUGUAGAUAUUUAUUGUAAUAAUUGUAGAAAUAAUGUUGGAUGGAAAUAUGAAGAUUCCUCUGAAGAAUCACAAAAAUAUAAAAAAGGAAAAUAUAUUCUAGAAAAAGCAUUACUUUCUUUUUUGGUUAUUGAUCAUCAUGGGAAAGAGCAUGAAUUUGAGUUAAAGUCAUCUGACUGUGAUUUUUAA